AAAACGGCAUCAUUUCAUGAUGCUCGCAAUUGUGGCCAGCUGAGACAAAAUUGUCAACUCCAAUGCCAUGUCUGCCGGAUGGUGAUCUUGUCCGUGUUUCCUAGUGCAUGCAUUUAUUCACAACCUUUACAAGCGAGAAUCUUUUCCUUUUAGGGAUUUUCAGCUGGGUUCGGUGAAUCUGAAGGAAUUUGGCGAUGUUUUCAGCUUCAUUUCUGAGGGUUGAUCCUAUCUCAAAGAGCAAUACUGCGACCUUGUGACUGAAUGCCAAGGCUUGAGCGAGAGGCCCGAAGACUGCUCAGAUGUAGUGAGGCGAUGCUAUUUGACGGAAGGAAAAUCGCGGGAUGUGUUGAGGGGAAUCUGCAGGUUGCCCAAAGCCCAAUGGGAAGUCUCCUCUUGCAUGUACCCAGUGUUUUGAUAUCUUCACUGAAGAGCGGGUACACUAAAAGGAUGGCAGACGUAGAAAUUGAUAAAGCACACAGCCAUACUAGGUACUGAGGGCAGUGAGCUCCUCGCCGUGGGUCAAAAAGCAUACAAGACUCACAAUCCAGCAAGAACUGUCAGCUGAAAUAACAGCAUCAAUCACAAGUCAAGAAUCUUUCCAUACCAUCCAAUCCCCAAUCAUCAAGAUGUCCUUCAACUUCCUCCCAAACACUGCUCUCGCAGCCUGCGUCAACGAUGCAGGCGAGAUCUUCACUUACGCCCAAGCCUACAACGGCGAGCUUGUUGAAAUCAAGGGAAAGCUCGCUGGCAAUCCCGCAACCUACGAAGUCACAGGCGACCAAACAGGCAUAGGCCUCACCAAAGAGUCCGGCAGCGCUCCCGCCAAGCGCUUCACUCCCCUCGCUGCCAUCAACUCCAAAUCCAUCUAUUACAACGCCAAACGCCUCGUCUUCUUCGUCGACAAGCAAAACUACCUCCGCGACAUAUACUUCAACGGAACCAAGUGGGUUGAAGGCGAGCUUUACGACCAGAGAUGGCAGUGCGCCCCUUACUCCAAGCUCGCCGCUGUCCGCCUUGUCAACCACGGAGGCUACGACUUCGUCUGCCUGUACUACCAGGACACAUCGGAGACAGGCAACAUCGUCCUAGUCAACCACAGCCCUACCUACAAAUGGCAGACUGGCAACCCGCCCCUGGAUGACCCCCCUCUCGUCGGCACAGCCCUCACUGCCGUGCCCCCUCAGCCAGGAAUCGAAGUCAUCCGCUACAACAGCCCCACCGACACAGACGACCCGGUCGUCUUCUUCCAGUAUGACAAACUCGAACUUGGUUCCUCCCAAGAUCAAGGACCCAACGACUACGCAACCUACUCCAUCAACGAUAAAACCAUCACCCUCUCCGCUCACUCAGCCAUUACCGCCGUCGAUGACAAAACCAACUUCUGGGCUUUCUACACGACCGACCUCCAAAACCAGAUCUUCCGGCUCAAAGUCGAUGCAUCUGGCGCCGUGACCCAGCCGCAGCCGGUUGUGCUGCCCAACAACCCUAUCCCGGGGUCUUCUCUUGCCUCCAUCAUUGUCAAGGGCAGUCCUGAUGUUGUCGUUUUGUUUUACCUCCUGCAUUACGAGCCGGUCAAGGAGACCACCCAGGAGAUCAACGUCUUCGCUGCGACUUUGACUGCCAAGAGUGGAGGUGUUGAUGCAUGGGACGUCAAUGGUGGUGUCUGCUUGACCGCAGGGAACAGUUCACUAUCCGACUCUGGAUCUGGCGGUGGUGAUGAUGGGAAUCCUGGUGGGGAUCAUGAUGGCGGUGAUGAUGAUGGGGCAAUGGUGGCUUCCCUGGUUGGCCUGGGAAUGGAGGUGAUGACGAUGGGGGUGAUGACUGGCUUGGAGAUGACGACGGCAUUCCCACUCACUGGGAUGAGGGGAAGGACAGUAGGGGCGGUAGCGGACCUUUUGGACAUACGAAGAAUGGACGCGGGGGGAUUGGGCGGAUUUGAUUAUUGUGGAUUUGCAUUUGCUCUUAUGAUGGAAUGACUCUGGCUUGUACUUAAAUAGUCUGAAGAUGUGCAAGUUUAGUACCUAGCAUGAAUCGUUGUAUUUGC